AAUAUUACAUGAACUUUGGAGAUGCUGUGUAGUUUAAUAGAAGAACGCUUAAUAAGAUCUUUAUUGCUUGCCAAAAUAGUUUUAAAAUAUGCCUCCACUUGAUUAGUUCCACAAAUUGAUCUAUAUUCGAGCGUCUUCAAGUGCCUUUGGAACGAUCGCCAUCGCUCGUGGAUGUCUCCGGAUGUUCCCAUCCUGCGUGGAUGUCCCAUGGACUGUAACACCUGCCUUCCAUAGUGUUCGUUCGUCCGCUCAGUUGUGCCUGAGUUGUGGCUGUGUGCGAGUGUGUGUCUGUGAGUGUCUUCAUUUCUUCUCCGGUUCAAUUUGCCCUGUCGUCCUGAAUUGACGACCAUUGUGUAACGCUUCUCGUUUGAUGUGGUCGGCCGUCGGAAGAUAGUUGCUAGAUGCUUGGGGAUGAACUGCACACAACCCGCCAUCGAUGACUUUCCCCGGGACCUGUUCACCGAGGAGCAGCGCCAGAAUGGGGCAGUAGUGUUACAUGCAAUCGCUAGUUUAUAUUUAUUUGUAGCUUUGGCCGUAGUUUGUGAUAAGUAUUUUGUACCUGCCGUCGAGAAGAUUUGCCAAGCGUUAAACAUGUCCAACGAUGUAGCCGGUGCCACGUUUAUGGCAGCGGCCACCUCCGCCCCAGAACUGUUCGUGAACGUGAUUGGCACGUUCAUCACCGAAGGUGACAUCGGCGUCGGCACCAUCGUGGGCUCUGCCGUCUUCAAUAUCCUGGCCGUGGCGGCCUGCUGUGGCAUCGGUGCCGGCAUGGUAGUGCCACUGGACUGGUGGCCGCUGACGAGGGACUGUUUGGCGUACGGCAUUACGGUGGCCAUCCUGAUUUGCAUCAUCCAUGACGAGCGGGUCGAGUGGUACGAGGCACUGAUAUUGGUGUUGCUGUAUAUUGUGUACAUCGCUGUGAUGUACUAUGACAAGUCGUUUCAAAAGUGUGCCAGAGGUGGUUUGAAGCACGCCCGAAAGCGAAGAUCCCACGAUACCUCCAGUAGCCUCAAGUCGGAUUCUAGCCGAACGCAAGAGGCAAUUGAGGCGCGCACACCGCUGCGCAUCGGACACUUCCAGCAGAACGGCAACUUGAAGAAUGUGGCCCAUAUCGAUGCACCCGCGGAAUUGACGUCACCAGCUGGCGGGGUGGACGUAGAAAUGCAAAUUAAGCCAUUUACAUCGAUCGACUUGCGUGCGCCGCCGGGCGGGACGGCAACCGCCACGACCGAUCUCGAAACACACAAGCCAAGCGCCGGCCCAUCGUCAGUCGACCCGGCCCCAGCCGAGGGUGAGGUGGGCGAUGUGCCCGAGCGGCCACCGCCACCGCCAAGUCCAGCCACACCGCCGGUCCAGGAGCAGGACGCCGGCGUGAAUGGUGUGAAGGAAACGGUGGCCGGUACGCUACCGCCGAAGGAGUGGAACGGUGAGAAUGGGCACGGCACGACCGGUCCGGUGGCGGAGGCCGUUGUUAGAGCGCUGGAAAGUGGUAGCACUGGUGCGGAAGCCGAUGGCAACGUUGAGGGCGGAGCUAACGGCAACGAUGGGGAAAGUGCGCCAGAGAAGGAUGAUGAGGAUGAGUUUAAGCUGCUAAAGUACCCGCUCGGCAAGAGUGCGUUCACGCAGUUCUCGUGGAUCAUUACCUGGCCGAUCCAUCUGCUGUUCAUGUUCACCAUACCGAACUGCGAGACGCCACGUUUCCGGAACUGGUUCCCGCUGACGUUCAUCAUGUGCAUCGUGUGGAUUGGCUCGCUGUCGUACGUCGUCGCGUGGAUGAUAACGAUCAUUGGCGAUACGCUCAAGAUACCGGACUCCGUAAUGGGCAUCACGUUUCUGGCUGCCGGUACGAGCGUGCCGGAGGCCGUUUCCAGUGUGAUAGUAGCAAAGCAAGGUCACGGUUCGAUGGGCAUCAGCAACUCGAUCGGUUCGAACACGUUCGACAUACUGCUGUGCCUGGGGUUGCCCUGGUUCAUCAAGGCGGCCUUCUCCCCGAUCGAACCGGGCCACCACUGGGUCGGCAUCAACUCGGCCGGGCUGGAGUAUUCGGCCAUCUCGCUCCUCUCCACGCUGCUGAUGCUGUACAUCGCCUUUUCGCUGAACAAGUUCAAGCUGGACCGACGGGUCGGCAACGCCUGCCUCAUCAUGUACGCGGUAUUCCUCAUUCUGGCCAGCCUGAUCGAGCUGAAUGUGUUCUUCCGCGUCAACCUGCCGACCUGUGGACGGUGAGCCAGCGUAGAUGCUGGGAUGUGUUAGUGGUGUGGCAGUUCUGCAAGAAGUUCUGCUGCCCAGGAGCGGGCAGUUGUGCGAUUAGGGAAUCGAAUCGAGGGCGGUAUUGGGCGUGCAAACCUUUGGUGGCAUUCGGAACUAGCACCGGGUAGCGUAGCGAAGGUUUGCUAAGGUCUAAACAUAUUUUUUUGGAUUCCACUCCUCUUGGAGUGGAAGAAUACACAUCUUGAGAGGUGAAAACCCUCUGACGGGUAUGUAGAUCAAGCUGUAUGCAUUGUUGUCCAUGUAUCUACCAACCCAGCCAGCGUAUUAUAAGCUCUCUAGUUUACCUAUGACAACGGUAAUCUCUGCAGUAAGCUGUCGAAUGGUCAGUUAACAGGCUACACAUUCCAGAGCUAUCGGGUGCCUCAAACACAUCUCAACACUGUGGAUCACCCAGUAGCAUUAAAGUUAUCCACAGUAUUUUCUUCACAACUCACAAAAAACACACAUAGUUGGCGUAAGCAUUCCCCUUUUCAUACGACAAAACAACUUAACCAUAAAGUCAAACCGUCGUUAGUUGUUUAUUCGAGUUGGAUGUUUGGAUGUUGUUGUCAGGAAAGCAGGGAUAUGACUAACAGCGUCAAACAAGACAAUAGAAGAAAAGGAAUAACAACAAAAGAAUAUUUGUAAAUUGUAAGCAAUUGUAAGUAAAGCAUCUAUCAAAACAGGUAACACAGGAUACCACAAUCACUAAAAUUUGAGGAGUAAAUCAUUUGAUCUUCGAAAGUAACUACAAGAAAACAAUUACAAACACAUAUAAAUCAGUUUUGUGCAUUAACACACCAUAGUGUGGUUAUGAGAGUAGAUGCCAAGCAUACCUUUUUCCAACACAAACUUCCUUUCUCCAAGCUGGACUUAGUUGGGCACGUGUACCGCGUCACGUACUGUUGGCGCACUUGAGCUUCUCGAAAAUCCCUAACCUCGUUUGCCGCAAACGAGAUGAUGAUGUCGAUGAUGUGUCUCGUGUGCUGGAGCGAUAACCGUUGAUCUGUUGUAAAUAUUUAACCUCCAUCCCGCGAAUGCGAUUCCAUGCGAUCAAGUGUACCUUCUGUGGUAAGUUCUAACUCCAAAAAAACAGCGUUUCCGUUUUCCCCUUGUUAGUUGUGUACGAUCUCUUAAGAAGAGAAAAAAUAAACUGCAUAUUACAGACAUCAACAGACAAAACAAGCAAACCAAGAUGAAACUAACAAAGAGUGUUUGUGCGUGUUUCAAAACGUAGUAGUGAAUUAUGAAUAUACAGAAAUACAUGUUACGUUGCUAAGGUACA